UUGAUAAAAUCAUGACGGGCAUCGCAGUCUUUUUCCAAGGGUGAGGGAGUAUAGAAGUUUAAGGAGAGAGGGGAAAGGUUUUAAUGAGACCAGAGGACCAUAUAAGAGGGGUCAGCAAUGCAAAAAGUAAGCAGCUUCAAGUUCCUAGGCAUCAACAUCUCAGAGGAUCUGUCCUGGGCCAAGUGGUUAAGGUGUUGGUCUAGUGAUCUGAAGGCCGCUAGUUCGAGCCUCAGCUGAGGCAGCGUGUUGUGUCCUUGAGCAUGGCACUUAACCACACAUUGCUCUGUGACGACACUGGUGCCAAGCUGUAUCGGUCCGAGUGCCCUUCCCUUGGACAACAUCGGUGGCAUGGAGAGGGGAGACCCUGGAAACCUUCCAAGGCACCUCCUGCCCACCCGUGACUCCAACAUUGGUCUCGUCAGCAGGCAUAGAAACAGCGUGAAUGUGAGGGGCCUUGAACCCGGGGUCGGACUGAGCUGGAGUAAAGGAGCAGAUCAUUUCAUUACAUGGUGCAUUGAGCCCGUACAAGGGAGAACAGUAACAGAAUGCAGAAAACUACAGAGAAAGUGCAGUGGCGGCCGACAAUAAGGUGCAAGGUACGCACCCCACCCACCCCUCCGAUGAUGGAUGAGCUGGCCCAUGACCUGGCGUCUGCGCUGGACGAGACAUCUGAGCAGAACCGUCUGGACGAGGAGGGGUGGGAGGGGCCGUGCCCCAGCCCCCGCCAGCCCCAGCGACGGCAGACCCGCAAGCGCCGGGGCCGGAAACGGCGCUCCAUCUCGAACCGGCCGCUCGACUAUGGCCGCUGUUUUAGCGAGGCGUCUGGUUCCAGCCAGGAGGAGACGGCGGCCGGAGGGGGCGCCGCGGCGGGAGCUCCCAGUGACUCGGACGACGAUCGGGCGGUCGUUCAGCGCCUCUCCUCCCUCAAUGUGACACUGAAGGGCAGGCAGUCAGCCUGGGGUGAGGGCGACGGUCCGGCGGAGGGAGGUCAGGGCCCAGGGCAGGGCCGCAGGAGGCGCCGGGCCAAGCCCCCCGCCGAUGUCACCUCCUCCCUGCAGAAGAAACUGAAGGUGUCUGAGCCGGCGGCCCCUCCCUGCCCCUGGAGCCCUUCCGGGCCUUGCCAACACAAGAAGCAGCGGCUGCCUGAGGGAGGGGGCAGCCAGCGCGGCUCCCGGCCCCCUGCCACCCCCGGUGAAGGCAUGGACUGCAGCCAGGAACACAAGGCAUCAGACGAAAACAUGACCGACAGUGACGCCAGCAGCGUGUGCAGCAGUGAUGGACUCUUCACCAACGACGAGGGACGACAAGGUGACGACGAGCAGAGCGACUGGUUCUACGAGGGAGACUGCGAGCAGGGGUUCCGCGUGCCCAAGCUCCUGCCGCACUGGGACGGCCUGAAGGCUCCGCUGGCCGAUGGGGACCAGGGGGUGGGUACAUACCCCUCUCCCGCCUUCCUCCUGCCGACACGGCCCGCACAGAGAGGCUACCAUGCCCGGCUCAACCGUUUUCCCGGAAUCGCCGCGCGCUGCAUCCGGAAAGGUCGUCGGAGGCUGGUGGGAAAGGAGGGGCCGGUGGGAGUCGUCCCCAGCGAGAGGGUGAAUCACUUUGGGCAGGACCCUUACCGCAGGGAGCUACGUCGGGACGUGUGUGUGAGGGGUCAGUACCGUGAGUGGAGCAUGCUACAGCCCCUGCGCCUCGGGUUUAACCCUUUGAUGCCCCUGUGCCCACUGGCGGUGCUGACUGAUGGCUCCCACAGGAAGUGCUCCAACCUGCAGACCAAGGCACGGCAGACGAGUGUCCACCUGGGCUCCCUGUGUACCGGUGACGUGAAGCGGAGACGGAAAACAGCAACCACAUCCAGUCCUAGUGCAGCCACCUCGUGUCCCCACGGUGAGGGUGAAGGGGGCAGCCCAGAGGGGGCUGGGAACAAGGCGUCUGCCUGCAUGGAGUGGGCUGAGGGCGAGACCAGAGCUGGACCGGGAGCAGAGAGCCCAGGCGCUGGCAAGUGUGUGAAUUCCCUGGUGUCUCUGCCCCCCGUAGUGUCUGCCCAGCUGUGACGAGACGGCCGGACCCCAGCAGAGCGACCUCUGGCAGCGUCAGUGAGGACAUGCAUUGCCCUGUCUGGUCCCCAUGUACCGACUGCUGCCUGGCUGUCAGACACUCAGACUCCGUAAGGACAGAGACAUGCCUGCUCCAUCCUGUGGGAUCUUGCUGAGCUGUGGGCACCCUGGCCCAGUCAGGAUCCCAUUUGAAGGCUCAGUUACCUCAGUGUUACAUCGUGUACUCCAGCGAGACACUGACCAUCAUACCUAAUAACACGUUGUGCUACAAACAGCACACGUUAUACCCAGCCCUGCACUGGUGAUAUAACAUACUGGAGGGUUCUACCAGCAACCUAGGUUGUAUUAUAAAAUACAAUACACAGAGGGUGUUGCAGUGCAUACAGGAAGUUACACCCACUCAUAUGAUUGUCUCAUACAUCACAAGGGUGUUAGACCCAUUAUUAAUAUAAAUGUACUGAUGUUCUCAACUCAAUCUGUUGCAAGUGUGUGGUGAAUAUCUCAAUUCAGAUGUUCUACGUCCCACUGUUCCAGUGUGAAAUCUGUACGCUAUUUGUACUGUGUUUUAUUGUUUGGUCUAUUCCUCUGACUUGCAAUAUUACCUGCCCCUCCAAAAUUUCUUGGUGCUUUCAGGAAGGCAGUCGAGAUGCCAUUUGUUCCACAGUCUCUGGAAUUUCUAAUGUCCCGAGUAACGUUUUAGAAAGAAAAUUUUAAAUUAAAAUAUUUUGAUAUU